CGAGCGACAACUUCGAUCCGCUGUCGAUGCAGGAUCAACCACCGGCGGUCAACGAGAAUGUCCACCCGCUCGAUGGAGCCGCGGUGCUUGCAAAGGCAACGUUUGCUUGGGCCAGUCCACUUGUCGCGCUUGGCAAUGUUCGCCAGCUUGCCCCAGUGGACAUGUGGAGCCUCCAGGACAAUCACAAAGUUACGCCGUGCGUGGUCCGCUUCAAUGCCAAGUACAGUCAAGGCAGCCGAGGUUUGCUGCGUUCGUUCUUUUCCAUUUACGGUUUUCGCCUCGUCGUGGUGGCUCUGAUGCAGCUCGCGUCCGCUGCUUGCGAAUUGUACGGACCUGCAUUCGUCCUGCCACACUUGAUCAAACUUGUGGGGUCCAGUCCCAUGGACUGGAUGCAAGGUGUGUGGCUGUCCGUGUCGCUCUUCCUCGUGCAAGUGUUGAGUUCAGUCCUUCGAGUCCAUGGCACGUUUAUCAACGAAGUUAUUGGCAUUCAAUUCACAGCGUGCUUGCGUGCGAUGUUGUUUCAAAAGGCGCUCAACCUCAGCGCGGUGUCCAAGAAACACAAGUCGGCCGGUGACAUCGCAAACAUCUUUACGGUCGACGUUGUCGAUGUGAUGGGACUUCCUGUCCAUGUCAACAUGAUGUGGAUAUGCCCCCUUCAAAUUGGCAUGACCUUGUACUUCAUCCACCGCCAAGUCGGGUGGGCCAUAUGGGUUGGCUUCGGAGCCCUCAUAGGAAUCUUGGCGCUGACUGGUUUAGCUGGUGUGUGUGUCGCAAUGGCCGACGCUCGUGUCCUCGCAGCCAAGGACAACCGCAUGAAGCUCGUCCACGAAUUGUUUGGGGCCAUUCAGAGUGUCAAGUUCAACGCGUGGGAAGAUGAAAUGUCGGCAAAAGUUAUUGCCCUACGCAACAAAGAGGUGGCCGAGAUUUGGUCGUUCAUCAAGGCCCUGCUUGCCCUCGUUACGUCCAUGUCGAUCGCUCCCGUCAUUGUCACUGUCGUUGUAUUUGCAACUUACGCGAUGUGGAUGGACCGCGAGCUGACGGUGUCGGUAGUCUUUACAACGCUGGCCUUGUUCAAGACGCUCGAGGAAUCGUUUGCCGUGCUGCCUGUCAGUGUCGUAGGAGCAAUCAGUGCCUUCGUAUCCGCUGGGCGAAUCGAUCACGUACUCCGCCUGCCCGAGUGCGAACUUUCCAACGUCACAACGCAUGACGACGACAAAGCCAAAGCAACGUUUGGGCCGGACAACAUCGUCGUGUCCAUAACGGAUGGCUCAUUUGUGUGGGGAGAUGUCAGAGAUGCCACGACGCCGCUCUUCCAACACCUCGAUUGGACUGUGAAACAUGGCGAACUUGUGGUCGUUCAUGGUGCCGUCGGUGCUGGCAAGUCGUCUCUGUGCUCUGUCUUGUUAGGGGAAAUGACCAAACUGAGUGGGUCCGUCUUUGUGGGUGGAAGUAUUGCGUACGUUGCCCAGCAACCGUGGAUUCUCAAUGCGUCCAUUCGAGACAACAUCCUGUUUGGUAAACCGUAUGAUCGCGCCAAGUACAGCAAAGUCCUCGAUGCGUGCGCGUUAACGACGGACAUUCAGGCGUUGCCGUCCGCAGACCACACGGAAAUUGGCCUCAAGGGGGUGAACUUGAGUGGCGGCCAGCGCGCCCGUGUCAGCUUGGCUCGUGCUUGCUACGCGGACGCAGACGUGUACAUUUUAGAUGCACCGCUCGCCGCCGUGGACGCCCUCGUGUCAAACGAAAUCUUCACAAGGUGUUUCCGCGGCCUCCUUCGGCUAAAAACUGUUAUUUUGGUCUCUCACAGCCCCGACAUCAUCACAUCUGCCCACGUUGACCGUGCAUUUCUCCUCCAGGACGGCCGCCUUCUCGAGGCAAAGUCCACGCACCAAGACCGCGACAACAUGUCUCCAUAUCCGUCUCCGCUACCAGCCAAACGUGGUUUCUGGGAAGCCCCGUCCUCGCGACAACUUAGCAACGACGAAGCAAGUGACAGCAUUGAAAGCUACCCCCACGACGACUUGUUCCUUGUCACCCCGACGAAUCGAUCGCCGAUCAGAUUUUACAACAGUGCAAAGGUAUUCACUCCCAAGACCAAGCCAUCCAGCGCCAACACUUCUGGGACACUCAUCGUCGACGAGAGCCGCGCAGACGGCCGAGUAUCACGUGCAGUCGUUCUGGCAUACUUGUCCAGCUUGGGCGGCUACGGAGCGUUCGCCAUUGUGGUCUGGACGACGCUGGUCACGGAAACUGUCCGAUUGGCGUGUGAUCUGUGGCUGUCGUAUUGGGGCAACCAAGCGUCGUCAAUCACAGCACACCAUCGACACGACGUGAACUACGACUACCUGACCGUGUACACGAUCUUGGUGCUGGCUAUGUGCGUGCUCACGAUCGCGCAAGUCGGUAUCGUCAUGAUGUUUGGACUUCGCGGGUCCAAGAAGAUGUUUGAAGCUAUGCUGGCCAGUCUCGUCCGCGCUCCCAUGCGAUUCUUCGACACGAACCCGAUCGGUCGCAUCUUGAAUCGCUGUGGCGAUGACGUGUUUCAGUGCGAUAUUGAAAUUCCACUCGCGAUGUCAUCCAUCUUGACGGAAUCCGCCAGUGCCUUCAGCAAGAUCCUCACGAGUGUGUUUGUGAUCCAGUGGAUGGGGUUGCUCCUGCCGCCUCUCAUGUUUGGUUACUAUAAACUUGGGGCGUAUUUUCUCGCGCCGCUACGCGAUGUCAAUCGGAUCAAGAAAAUUACGCUGUCGCCGCUUCUAAGUCUUGUCAGCGAAGCCGUCGACGGUGCCGUGACGAUUCGUGCGUUUGGCGAUCGAUACCGCCGACGGUUCUGCCGCAUGCACGACGCUGCCAUCGACACGUACUCUGCCACGUGCUUUGCCACCGUCGCCGUAAACCAAUGGUACAGCUUACGAAUCCAGUGCGUGAGCAAUGCCGUCGUGCUCGCGAUUCUGCUCGGAUGUGUUGUGUGCCACUCGAACAUGUCGGCGGGCUUGCUCGCGCUUGUCAUCACGUACGGUUUAAACCUGCCCGUGAACUUGGCGAACCUUGUCAAUAUGUGGGCGAGCCUGGAAACGUCGUUGAUUGCACCGGAGAGACUCCAUGAGUACGCUAACCUGGAGAAGGAAGGUUCCACGAAAGAAAUAGCUCUCGAUGCCGUGCCGUGGCCGACCCAAGGACACAUUGUGUUUGAUCGAGUGAGCUUUCAGUACAAGAUGCACGACCCGCUUGUACUGCAAAACGUGUGCGCCACCAUCACGGGAGGCGAAAAGGUCGGUGUUGUCGGACGGACUGGCGCGGGCAAGUCCAGCUUGACCAUGGCUCUGUUUCGAAUCAACGAACUCGCUUUCGGGCAAAUCAAGAUAGAUGGGGUCGACACAGCGACCCUGCCGCUGCGGCAACUCCGACGGAGUCUUGCCAUCAUUCCCCAAAAUCCUGUUCUCUUCAAGGGAUCGCUGCGAACAAACCUCGACCCCCUCGACGUGUACUCGGACGAGCAGUUGUGGGCUGCCCUGCAUAAAGUGAAUCUCAUGCCCCGCAUCACUGCGACGUCGGACGCCAAGUUGGAACAAUCCGUGGACGAAAACGGCGACAACUUUAGUGUCGGCGAACGACAGAUGCUGUGCAUGGCGCGUGCCCUGCUUCGCCAGGCCAGGAUUGUCGUGCUGGACGAAGCCACAGCUGCAGUCGACCAAACGACGGACGAAAUGCUGCAGAAGAUAAUCCGAGCAGAGUUUGCAUCGUCGACGCUCAUCACGAUUGCCCAUCGCCUCGGAACGGUCUUGGACUACGACCGCAUCCUCGUCCUAGAAAAUGGCACAUUGGUUCAAAACGACUCGCCCACUGCUCUCCUCGCCGAUGCAACCGGCGCAUUUUACGAGCUGGCAGUUGAAGGCGGCUACGUUGGCGCGAGCCAGAUAAAUACUCGGCAUUAACUCAACGAGCACUUAUCUUGGUGGUGUUUCUGC